AUGAAGGAGCUGAAGCAUGCACAGGUGCUACCAGACCCCCGACGGGGAGCGGUGGUGGUGCCACCCUACAGGUCAUUGGACCAUGGAGCAGGACUGAUUGCAGUGCAAAGGGUGUUGUUGCUUCAGUGUUUUUGCAUGUUCUUGAGGACUUCGUGGCGACGGGUCUCGUUCACCCGCCUUGAGGCCGACGGCCCGUACUUCUUCGACACAGAGAGGGAGAGGGCGGGAGGGAGAGGGAGGGAGAGGGAGAGGGAGAGAGUGUGGUCUGUGUGGGAUGGGGCCCCAGCCGCGAUCGGAUUUCGGCUCCUCCAAGCGGUUUGUUUGGGCAGGAGGGCGCGGGGGCGGGGAGGGGUGUGCGGAAAGGUCUUGGUGAAGGGAAGGUAG